UCCUCUAACAUUGUUGAACCUGGUAAUGAUGUGUCAAACAUAUAUUCAAAAUUUCUGUGGACACCAAAGCCGAUUUCUGGAUCAGACCCAGCAUCUUCCUUAGUCAUUAACCUUGGAGAGUAUAAAUGUUCGUCGGACGGGAACCUCGUUGCAAUUUCAGUUAUUUGCUGAUGGAGACAACAAUCCAAGAUGCAUUUAGCUUCGUUUCUAAAGAUUACAUGGGCGAUGUAUUUGGGCUUGCGGCUGCCUGUGAAAUAGAUUUUCUUGACCCUGAGGGUAAUGUUAAAGUAGAAUUGCAGAUUCAGGUGAUUGGAUUUGGACAACAUUUGUUCUACAUUCUUUGAGAAGACAAAAGAAAAUUUGAAGAGUCUGGUUCAAGAUAAAAACAAGGGGUCAAGGACAAUCGCCAUCAAUUCCCUCUCAUACGCAGGCUUUAAUCUGCUUCUGUCUGCCAGUGCUUGGCUAAAGAAGGCCAACGGUUUUCCCUGUUGCAUCAGCACUGCACCCAAUCCGAUCUCUGCUGCGUCAGUUUCUAUCUCAAAGGGCAAAAUAAAAUUAGGUGUAGUUAAUAAUGAUUCUGUACUUUCAUAGAAGAAAGUGGCCAAAUUUCAAAGGACCAAAUGUUUUGGGAAAAACAAGAUGUAAUUAUGGAAGCCUUGGUGAAGCACUUCUUUGUAGAUGGUGCUGUGACAUCUCCUUUGCUAAUGGAGAUAUUAUACAAUGGUUAUCAAUCAAUAAAUGCUGACAAUACUACGGCUAAGUUUGUCAGAAUUGAGAAAAAUAGGUUUGGGUUGGUUGGUGAUGUUCCAUCCCUAAUUAAUAUCGUUGUUGGUAUAGGGUAUAAACCUAUGAAGGUAAACACACCUACUGAAGAGGAUUAUGAAAGCAUUGUCACAGAGUUGGGUUGCAGGAUUGUGGAAAUAUUUGUUCUUGACUAUCUAUUCAGGAAUAAAAUUGAGGUAAACUUUACUCAAAGUGAGCUCAUUCAAACUGAAAAGAAGUCCAAGAAAAAAGGAGAAAAAAAGGCUAAACCAAAGAAAAAUGAUAAAUGUGUAGAAGAGAAUAAGCAAACGCUAAAUGAUGAAUCGAUUGCAGCAGAUUUGAAAGAGGAUACGUCUUUUCUGAAUAGAGUGAGAGCUUUGCUUAAUUACUUGUUUAUGUGUGCCCUAAAAAAGCAUGAGGUUAUUGCUACUACUUUGAAAGAGAAGAUUGAUGAAUUAACUGCGGAACAACAAGAGGAGUAUGUUGCAUGUGCAUUGAAAAAAGCAGUCACUGAAUUGUACGUGGAAGCACAAGAAAAUGUUGUUGCUUUGUAUGUGGAGGUGGAGGAAGAAAGUGUACGCAGGUUGAGAAUAACAUUUCGUAAUGUAAUUCGGGAUCUUUUGGAAUCCCAUAACAUUGUUGAAGAUGGAAAUAAUGUGUCAAAACUAUAUACGAAAACAUUGUUGACACUAAAGCCGAUUUCUGGAUAUGACUCUUUACUCAUCGAACUUGGAGAGUAUAAAUGGACUUUCAUGGUUCGUCGGAUGGGAACCUCGUUGCGAUUUGAGUUAUUUGCUGACAUAGACAACAAUCCAAUGUUGAACUUUUAUGCACUUAACACAUUAGCGAUAAUUCACCCCCUUGACCCCGGGCGAACUGAUUGUUUUGAUCGAUUUCACUUAGUUUGUAAGGCUCACCCGGGGGAUGUAUUUGAUCUUGAGCGUGCCUGUGAAAAUGGUUUUCUUGACGCUGAGGGUAAUGUUGAAGUAGAAUUGUAGAUUCAGGUGUUGGGAGAAAAUGUCUUCCCACCUCUCCUUGUAAGGAAGUAUUGAGCUGAGCUUUUUUUGACGUAUACGCAUAUUGUGGACAACCUUUGUUCUAGAUUUAUUGAGAGCACAAAAGAAAAUUUGAAUAGCCUGAUUCAAGAUAAAUAUGCAUGGUCAAGAUUCUGUACUUUCAUAGAAGAAAGUGACCAAAUUUCAAAGGACCAAAUGUUUUGGGAAAAACAAGAUGUAAUUAUGGAAGCCUUGGUGAAGCACUUCUUUGUAGAUGGUGCUGUGACAUCUCCUUUGCUAAUGGAGAUAUUAUACAAUGGUUAUCAAUCAAUAAAUGCUGACAAUACUACGGCUAAGUUUGUCAGAAUUGAGAAAAAUAGGUUUGGGUUGGUUGGUGAUGUUCCAUCCCUAAUUAAUAUCGUUGUUGGUAUAGGGUAUAAACCUAUGAAGGUAAACACACCUACUGAAGAGGAUUAUGAAAGCAUUGUCACAGAGUUGGGUUGCAGGAUUGUGGAAAUAUUUGUUCUUGACUAUCUAUUCAGGCAAAAAAUUAAAGUGAACUUUACUCAUAGUGAACUCCUUCAAGGGAUCCGUCUGUAUGGAUGGGAGAGAAGAAGCAAGACAAAAAGCCAUAGAUUUGAAGCAAAUUAGGCUAAACAUUGCCACCUUUGAGUUUGACAUUCCACCGAAGAUAUGUUCGGGAAAAAAGAAGAAAAAAAACCGGUCAUGAGAUUUAUGAAGUAGCAACCUAUUUAGAAAGUUAUAGGGAAACAAGAACGGGUGAAGAUCCUCUCCAUUUGGCAAAAUAAAUGGAGUUUUGCAAGUUGGAGAGAGAUAGACAUAAGAAAUAGAUGAUGGGUCCUACCACUAAGUGGGUCCCACCAUCAUUAAUUAUAUUUGACUUUUUUCAAGAUUUUACGUGUCUUUAUCUCUCCAAAUUGAAGAAAUGGAGAAACACAUAAAUGAAGAGGAUCCUAACCCAACAAGAACAUAUUCUUUAAAAGGUUCUUUCAUAUAUUGUUUGGACAGAGGAUCUACCUAAAUUGUGUUCUCUCAUGAUUAAUUUGAUAUUAUCUGCUA